CAGUCAAGAGAUCUUUCUUGGCUGCAUCGUAAGCAAUCGUAAGCAUGUCAACUCACAAGAAAAAAACUAGGAAACUUCGUGGACAUGUGAGCCACGGUCACGGCCGUAUCGGAAAGCACAGGAAGCAUCCUGGCGGUCGUGGUAAUGCUGGUGGUUUGCAUCAUCAUCGAAUAAAUUUUGAUAAAUACCAUCCUGGUUACUUUGGAAAGCUGGGUAUGAGGAAUUACCACUUAAGACGUAAUACUAAGUGGUGUCCUACAUUAAAUUUAGAUAAAUUAUGGACGUUGGUCUCUGAACAGACCAGGUUAAAGUACAAGGAUGUCGAGGGCAAAGCACCAGUAAUUGAUCUUGUGAAAGCUGGAUAUUACAAACUCUUGGGAAAAGGACGUUUACCAAAACAACCUGUUAUUGUCAAAGCUAAAUUUUUCAGUAAAUUGGCUGAAGACAAAAUUAAGGCAGUCGGCGGUGCAUGCGUCCUGUGUGCAUAAAUACCGAUAUCAAUAUCUGGAGAAGUCGACACUUGGAUAACAUCUGGAAAUAUACUUGAAGUUACAAAGAUAAAUGUCCCUUCAAAAAAUUAAUAAAUUAACAUCUUUUUCCCAACA